CAUGGCGACUUCCACGGGACAAGCUGGAAAGGCUAACUCCUCUUCGGAUGUGGAUCUUUUACUGCACCCUGAGCUUUUAUCUGAGGAAUUUAUCAAGUUAAUAUUAAACGAGCGGAAGGUUAAUACUCGGGACACUAAGAGCCGGGAUGAGCUUACGGAGCUGUACCUGCGCCAUGUGAUGCCCCUGCCUCAGAGGACGCUCCCCUCCAGCCGCUGGGGCAGGACAGUGGCCAAAACCAGAGAAGCGCACGCGCCACCAUCAGCGUCCGCGCGCAGCCAUGACCCCAACAGAAAAAGGCCAUUAAUAGUGUUCGAUGGAAGCUCGUCAAACAAUGGUCCUCCCAAAGUGAAAAAACCAGAGGGGAGUGGUCUAUCAUCUGGAGGCACAGACCGGUUAAAGCCACCCCCAGGAGCAAACCUGGCCAGCCCCACCCGAAAGCUCACAUCAGUCACUCCACCUUCAUCUAUAGAGAAGUCAAAGCUUACACGAGAAGCCCCCUACUCUAGUUCAGAUUCCCCAAUGGCGAAGAAAAAGAUCCAGCAUGUGACAUGGCCCUGAUGUUUGUCCUCUCACUAAAACUGUGUCCAGAGCUUAUGGUGCAAUGCUGACCACUACAGUACAUGUUUCCUCAAGUUUCUUCCAGUGUUGCAAAGAACACAGUAAGACAUAUCAUGGUAGUAUUAGAAACGACUGGUCCAAUAAACUUAAUAGGUCCAACACUUUCUUGUAGUUUUUCCACAACCUCAAGUGCACUUACCAUCAACCACUACACUUGAAGGCAUAGCAACCUGCUGUAACUAUUUAAAUAAUAUCUAGUCUGUGUAAAGACCCGUAACUAAUUGUAUUUACUUUGCUAGCAGCAUAGUUUUCAUAUGUAUUGUGAUUAUGAUGGAUAAACUGCUGCGGAGUGUGGUAAUGGCCAUACAUAAUGAUAAAGUUCAAGCUCAAUUAUGAAAUUUCCUGUUUGACUUGAUGAAGAACAUAUUUAGAUAUACUUUUUAAUCUUUGUGCAAAUAAUGUUGUGAAAUUAUUCAGGCCAAAAUGAACAUUUAUUUUUAUGUGAUUGGUUUAAUUAAACA